UACGGUACACAAUGAGCUUUCUGCACUACUGCUUAGUUACUACUUGCUUCCGAGUAUUUCACAAUAGCUAUCGCGAGUGAGACACGAUGCCUUGUUUACCAUCUGAUCGCGUGGGGACUCACAACUUGUAUAGUCGAAGAAAAAUUUCAUAAUAAUAAUCCAUUUCAAGUUUGGCUUUGGAUCAUCGCACGUGAGCAAUUCCGAUUGUUUGGGGAAUUUAUUUUUGAAAAGCACUGCGAGUGCGCGUAUUAUGACAAAAAAUGAAGACCGUUGAAGGAAAAGUGGUUUUACUCGGUUCUCAAGGAGUUGGAAAAACAAGCCUAGUGACUAUGUACCUAACUAAAUUUUUCAAUACACACAACAGUCCAACCAUUGGAGCUGCUUAUUUCACUUGCAAUAUUAAAUUGGAAGAUACCAUAAUCAGGUUUCAAUUAUGGGAUACAGCUGGUCAAGAAAGAUUUAGAUCUAUGGCUCCAAUGUACUAUCGAAACUCAAAUGUUGCUUUUCUUAUCUUUGAUAUAACAAAUCCAAAAACUUUUGUGAAUAUCAAAACUUGGGUCCUAGAAUUAAGAAGAAAUGUACAAGAAAAAAUGGUUCUUAUUCUCAUAGGUAAUAAAUUAGACUUAGCUGCUUUAAGAAAAGUUGAUUCAGAUGAAGCUAAGGUAUAUGCUGAUUCAAUUGGUGCUUUGUAUUAUGAAAUAUCUGCACUUACAAAUGAAGGUGUAGAUAAAGUUUUUUCUGCCGCUGCAGCAGGGCUAAAACAAUUAGCUAGUGGUGAUGAUCUUGUUACUAGUUUGAAAAUUUAUGAUAAUUUAGAAAAAUCUGAACGUGAACAACCAGAUGUACCUUUAAGUGAAGAGCCAUUUACAACUAGCAUUGCCCACGGCAUUGAAAAAAAACCAUUUUUAUGUUGUUAAUGUUGAAAUGCAUAGUGAAUAUCUUUAAAUUGUAUUCAUGUAUAUAUAAGUUUGAUUGUAAAAUGACUGCUAAUAGAUGAAUGCUGGAAUGAACGACAAAUUCAAAAAAUAAUUGUGAUCUUAAGAUAUUAAAAAUAUUUUCCUACUUGAUUAUCAUGAUUUAGUUGAUCAACUAAAGUUAAACUAUUUAUAAAUACAACUGCAUUCAUUGUAAACCAAAUAUAAUGCUAAUUGGCAUAAAACUAUGUAUAAUAUUAUUUCAAAUUAUAUAUUAACAGAUAAAUGUAUGAUUUUUAAUUCAA